AUGUCUGAAAAAUUGGUUUCAUCAAGCACUAAUAGUGAUAAUUUCUUGAAUGAUGAUGAAAAAAACCCGGUAAUAACAACAAUUUUAUCUGCAGACAAUGAAGUUAUACAAUUAACAGAAAAAGAUGCUGAUCAAGCUUUGAAAUACGCAUUAGCUCAUAAAGAUGAUGGAUACCAAAUUGAUGAAGCUUCUAAUAGAAGAAUUUUGAGGAAAAUUGAUACUUUUUUGUUACCUAUAAUGUGUUUAUUGUAUUGUUUUCAAUUCAUGGAUAAAUUGACUACUAGUUAUAGUGCAAUUUUAGGAUUAAGAACAGAAUUACAUAUGAAGGGAGAUAUGUAUAGUUGGACUUCAUCAUGUUUUUACUUGGGAUAUUUAGUAUUUGAAUUUCCAGCUUCGGUCUUAUUGCAAAGAUUUCCAGUAGCAAAAACAGUUAGUACAUUUAUUAUUUUAUGGGGUAUGAUUUUAGCUUUAAAUGCUGUUCCUCAAUAUGCUGGGUUGAUCGCAUUAAGAACUAUUUUAGGAAUGUUAGAAUCAGCAGUGACACCAGCAUUCGCAAUUAUAACCUCACAAUGGUACAAAAAGGAAGAACAAUUUUUGAGAACAUCUUGGUGGUUUGCAUCAAAUGGUAUUGGAACAAUUCUUGGUCUGGCCAUAAGUUAUGGGUUAUACACACAUCAACAUUCAUACCUGUUACCAGCAUGGAAAUUAGUAUUUAUUGUCACUGGUGUUUUGACUAUUUUCCUUGGGUUUAUCAUCUUAUUUCAUGUUCCUGAUACUCCAACUCAAGCAUGGUUUUUGAAUGAAGAAGAAAAAGUGUUGGUUGUUGAAAGAAUUAGAUCAAAUCAACAAGGAUUUGGUAAUAAAAGAUUCAAGAAAAAGCAAUUUAUCGAAGCUUUAACUGAUCAUCGUACUUGGUUAUUUUUUUUCUUUGCAUUAAUUGGUAAUAUUCCAAAUGGUGGACUUUUAGGAUUUGGAACUAUAUUAUUAAAUGGUCAAUUCAAAUUUAGUACAUCAAAAUCGUUAUUAAUGGGAAUGCCACUGGGUGCUGUUGAAAUCGUAGGGUGUGUCUUACUAGCUUGGACUACAAGAUUUUUCAAGUCUAGAAUGUUAAUUGCCAUUUUUGCAACAGUUCUUUCAGUAAUUGCUCAAUGUUUGUUAGCUUUUGCACCAACAAAUCAAGGUAAAUUAGCUGGAUAUUAUCUUAACAGUAUAGGACCAGUUGGGUUUAUUUGUAUAAUCUCACAAAUCUCAUCGUCUGUUGCCGGUCAUACCAAAAAAAUCACUGUGAAUUCACUUUUAUUAAUUGGUUAUUGUGUUGGAAAUUUAAUUGGACCUCAAACAUUUGUUGCAAAAGAAGCUCCUGAUUAUAGAAGUGCUAAAAUUACUAUUGUUGUAUGUGGAUUUCUUGAUUUAUUCAUAUUAAUUGCAAUUUGUAUUUCAUACUUUUUGGAUAAUAAAAGAAGAGAUGCUAGAUCAGGUAAAGAAGAAAAAACUGAUGAAUUAUUUGAAAAUUUUGAAUUUGCUGAUUUGACAGACAAGGAAAACCCAAGAUUUAGGUACGCUCUAUGA